CUGGAUUUGCAUGUAAACUCUCCACCUCACAAUAUCUUUUUGCGAUUUUUAUUUGGAUCAGGGUGUCUGUGGCUCAGUGAUAUUUCGGGUUCAAUCGCUUACAUUUGCUUGAUGGAGAGGUCACUAUUGACACAAUUACGAUACUCUUCUCUUUUUUUUUCUUUUUCUAAAGUGGUUGAUGAUUACUGUUUUUUUCCCUCACUUCUGGCUCCCGUUGUGUAUUGUCUCUCAUCCACUCCCUAUCAUUGGAAUUUGGUUUGUUGUGGCCAUUUGGAUUGUUGUUGUGCUUUUCAACUCCAAUGAUAUUCUAAGGAAACAAAGUGCGUUGAAGGUGCAGAGGGAGAGGAAGAUGCUGGUUUUGGUUGGGAUUUCUGUUGGGUUCACACUUUAUGUGGAGUCGUUGGGUCUUAUGGCGCUUUCUCCGGCUUUGACAAUUAUGCUGGGUUUUGUGAUUUAUGAAAAUAGAACAAGUGGGUUGUAUAUUGAAAAGAAGCAGGUAAAGUUCAAAGGUGACACGGAAGAACUCACUCUUGAUGGAAGUGUUGAUUGGCAUGGUCGCCCUAUAAUUAGAGCCAAAUCUAGCAGAUGGGUUAUUGGAACCAUCGUUCUAUGUAAGUUCCAAAAAUAAAUAGUAGGGAUUUUUUUUUCCUUUUUACUAUAUUUUAUUAUUGAGUAUUAUUGCAUUCAAAUUCAAUCAUAUGUAAUGUAUAAACUUGGCCUUCUCCUGUUUUGCAUCUUUUAAAUGUAGCAAUAAAACAUUCUUACUAAUAUCAUAGUGAAAAAAAAGUUGAUCUUCUUUUAA